AUGUUAAUAGUAGGAACUGGUAUCGCAACUAGGGAAUUUAAUUUCUUUUCAUUGCUGAAAUCGUCAUUGGGGUUAAACAGUGUUGUAAACAAUCCAAUGCUGGAGAUAAAUGUAAAAGUGUGGAAAUAUUUGUCGGUUAUAUUUCCGGAUCGUGAACAUGCUUGGCGUGUAUACGUGUUUGUGUUGCCGGUCUGUGUAAUGAAUAUCAUGCAGUUUGUGUAUUUGCUUCGGAUGUGGGGCGAUUUGGCUCCGUUUAUACUCAAUACAUUUUUUGCAGCAGCAAUAUUUGAUGCUUUGUUGCGUACGUGCCUCGUUAUUAUCAAUCGCGAUAAGUUCGAGGCAUUCCUUUUAGAAUUGACGGAAAUGUAUCGUGAUAUAGAAAUAAGUGAAAGCAAAGAUGAUACUUACGGCAGAGACUUGUUAAGAGCAGCCACCACCACUGUACGCAAAAUAUCAAUUUUCAAUUUAACCGCUUCAUUUUUCGAUAUAAUUGGUGCAUUGAUCUAUCCGUUACUGUGCGAGGGUAGAGUUCAUCCCUUUGGCGUGGCGAUACCUGGUGUGGAUAUGACCGCUUCCCCAAUCUAUGAAAUUUUUUACAUUUUCCAAUUUCCGACUCCUAUCAUUUUGACAACGAUGUAUAUGCCGUUUGUUAGUCUGUUUGCAUCGUUCGCAAUAUUUGCUAAAACAGCUCUAAAGGUUUUACAGCAUCGAAUGAAUAGCAUGUUUUUGUAUAAUUAUCAAACGGAAGAGCAUCAGUUCGCAGCUUUAACCGCAUGCAUAACCUAUUAUUCGCGUAUAGCAAGAUACGUGAAGAAUUUCAACAUUUUGGUUACAUACAUUGUUUGCGUAGAGUUUCUUUUAUUCGGGGCGAUUAUAUGUUCGUUGCUAUUUUGCAUGAAUAUUAUUGAUUCAUCCACACAAAUUAUUUCGAUUGUGAUGUACAUUUUGACAAUGUUGUACGUUCUGUUUACCUACUAUUGGCAUGCGAACGAAGUGAUUAUGGAGAGUGUCCAAGUGUCUGAGACAGCUUAUGCGUUACCCUGGUAUAAUUGUAGUAAACGUUUUCGUAAAACAAUUUUAUUAUUUAUCAUGCAAUCACAACAACCUUUGCAGAUAAUGGUGGGUAACGUUUAUCCCAUGACUUUGACUACAUUUCAAUCAUUGCUUAAUACAUCCUACACUUAUUUCACUAUGCUACGCGGACUUUAUGGUUAAAUGCAUUAAACUCGUAGCUCUAAGGUGGAAAGUUUUUAAUCAUACGUUUCUUCGCCUGCACUUGAUGCUUUUCUUUUAAUUUUAUGCUACGAUUUACUACGAAAGCUGUUUAUGAAGAGAAAGAACAUUUAGAAUGUUUUGAAGCAAGUAACAAAA